CCAUUCAUGAUAAUCGUUGAAAAUUUAAAAGAAAAGUGUGCUUAUUUAAGUAGCGAACUGUAUAGUAUAUACUAGAUGAGAGAUAUAAACAAUAAGCAAAAGGAAGACAUCAAUAUUGUUCUAAUAUAAACAAAAUAAAGAUAAAACGAAACAAUAAAGACAAACAAAAAGAUAUAAAAAAAGUAAAAAUAAAAAAAGAGAAAAGCAGACUUUUAAUCGCGAAAAUGAAUGAAACGAUGUGGUGUGUAAAGCACCAUUAUGGUUGUCUUUGGAACUAAAACAACGCAUGGGUAAACAACAACACAGAACCAAUCAGUCAAUUAAUAUUAAACUAUUAAAUGAUAAAAUCGACUAAACAACAAAAAGAAAAUAAAUAAAUAAAAUAAUAAUAAGAAAGAAAGAAAAAGAAUACAAAUUAGCACAAAUAACAACAAGUUGCCAAGGAAUAGAAUAGACAGACAACAACUUGAAUUUGAUAUAAACAAUCAACCAAACCAAAUCAACCAACAACCAUCCCUCCAUCCAUCCAUCCAACCAACUAGUUACAACCAUUAUUUUCAACAACAACAACACAAAACAGCUUUAACAAGUUUUUCAGUUUUUUAUUUAUUUUUUUCAUUUUUGUGCUUUGUUUUCUUGUGAAACAAAAUACUAUUGGGGAACAACUUUUUCAACAAACUCAUCAAACAAACUACAACAGCAACAAUAACAACGACUAUAAAAUCAAGAAACAAGAACAAAGAACUAAGACUGAUUAAAACAACAUCCAUCACAUACAAACUACACAUACAAACGUUCAUUUAUUUAGCUUUCUUUACUCGUACUUUCUUCGUCUCGUCUCGUUCCGAUCUCUGGCUCUACUUUCCUAUAUAUAUUCGCUGUCAAUUCCUACAUGUUUGAGUUCGCCAGUUUUUAAAUGAUGAAAUUUUUCAUAAAUUCAUUUUACAAUCGACAAGUUGUCAAUGUCAUCAACACUAACAACAACAGCAGCAGCAGCAACAACAACAACAACAAAUUCAACACUCGACAUAAGUAGUUGGAAAACAAAUAACAACAACGACGACAACAAACAAAUUAUUUUAAGUAAAAGUUAAUGUGGUAACAUUCUACACACACACACACACAUAGUAUAUUUACACAGCAGAAGUUAAGCGGCAGCAACAUACGAUCAAGUUUGCAACAUUCAUCAGCAUUCAAAAUGUUUGUCUUCAUUAUCAUCAUAUUAAUUGUAAAUGCCUGCAUAGCUGGUACAAUACCAGCUACACCGGAAAAUAUAACUGUUACAUUUCUAACUCCGAGCACAGUGCGUGUCUCGUGGCAAACAAUGAUUGAUUUGAAUGCACAUCCAGUUGAAAAGUAUAUUGUGACGUAUAAACCAACAGAUGACAGUUACAGGGUUGUGCAGGAUGUCGCCGGGAAUAGUGAGGCUAUAAUACUGGAUCGCUUAACGCCUGGAACACAAUAUUCAAUCGCAGUUACAGCGGUAUGGCUGGGUAAAAAAUAUCGCAGUCGUCAAGUUAUAUUCAGAACAUUAGAUUUGCCAAAAGCAUUUACACAGGAUUUAACAAAUGUUGUUGGGACAGGCCUCAACAGUGGAAUAGGCUUAGGAGGAGCAGCAAACUUUAGUGGUCGCUCGAGUGGGAAUGGCAGUGAGGAUGGUGUCACCUCCACCGCUACCAAUUCAUUGUCACAUGGUACACACAGGGAAUUGCCAACGAUACGUGGUGUCGAAAUUGGUAUCGUACUGAUAGUUUUAAUGGUUUGGGCUGGAGCUAUUGCCCUAUUUUUCAAUCGUUGGGGCAAAAUACGCAUGCUGUUGCCUUAUCAACCAGACUACAAGCAUGAACAGUUGAAAGUACCCGGUACGGGUGUCUGCAGUGGAGGUGUUUGUAAUGGCCAACAUUCUCAUCAGUUUGAUAGCAGCGAUUGCGGAGCACUCGCCUAUCAGCCUCUACAUUGUAGUCGUCACUUCCACGUUUUUCAAGAGGAACACUCGACAUCGAUAUCGGAGCGCAUAACACGUAGUCGCAUAAAUUCAGCCAUUUUUGUUUCAUCAGAAGGCCGAGGAUUUGAUUCAAUCGAAUUUUUGCGACGACAUGGUUCACAAAGUGUUUUGUGCCGCAAAGCAAAAAGUGCCGAGAAUAUAACGGACAAUGGUAGAAAGAAAAGUUUCGCUGAAAAUCGCCAGUGGCACACGGAUGACAGCAAUGGCAACGAUGCGCAACAUGAUAAUGGCAUCGAGAUGCAUGAAUGUUCCAGAAGUGUGGAGAAUCACCCGGUAGCAUUGCUAAAGACAAAUGUUGAAAAGUUAUUGGCAGCUACAAGCGUGUUAGGUCAUUCAGCAGCAGUUACCACUUCCAAUAAAGUAGUGGGUAGUAUAUCAAUAGAGACGCCACCAUCUCACAUAAGAGAGGAGCAACACAAUGCCGUGGCAAUAUCUGUGCCACCAAUACCGCCUCCAUUACCCCCACCACUACCACAUCCUACAUUGAGUUCAGCCAAAACGGUUUCAUUAAACUCAGCUUCCCAUGAUUCUGCCGACACUGUAGAAGAACUGGUUUCAAUACCAUUCGAUAUAGCAGCGACAAUGUCACCAGCGAUUCAUUCAAUUCCCAAGACAUCUAAAGUCCUGGUGCGCCAACGUUCAUCUACAGCCUCGCCGGUUCUAUCAUCUGCGCACAGUAGUCCCAAAGCAUUAAAAUUGAAAUGCAUCACACCCAAACUAAAUAAUCUACCGAUGGUUUCGGUGUCAGGCCCCUCGCCAUCGCCAUCCGAUGAAAAACCACCACCUGGUGAAUGCUUGUAACAAAUGGUGGCCGAAACAUUUAUUUAAAAUUGAUAAACAUCCCUGCAUCGACCAAGUAGAUAGCAAAUGUUUAAAUAGAAAUGGAAUGGAAUCGAAUUGACAAUUUGUUGAGUAAUUAACAAAAAAAAAAAUAAAACGAAAAUAAAAAUCCGGGAGGGUUAUUAUACAUGCCAUAGACAGAACUUUCAAAGCUUAGACUUUGUCUAAAAUUCACAAAAUUAAACCAAUCCUAAUUUGUUAUUGUGAAAAUUACUAUGACAGUGUUGGGUUAUUCAAUAUUUUGUCUAUGGUAUUGUAAUAUACACACACACACUUUUAUAGAUAUUCUAUAUACAAAUUAUUUACAAAUUUUAAAUUCUUGAUGUCUAUUUAUGUGUAUUGAAUUAAUAUGUGUUUUUAUUUAUUUAUUAAUAUUAUUAAUUAUAAUAGAUAACAAUUAAAUCUGAAAUCUGCGAAAAAUCAAUUGAAAAGGAUAAUGAUGGAUCUAUUGUGACAGCAUUUUAAUUGUAUUGAUUUCAAAAUACACACAUUUUAAUAUGUAUUUCUGGACAUUUGUGCACCUUAAAAUUUGCAUUGAUUUAUUUUGUUACAUUUCAAUACAAGAUAUGGAAUAGUUUUUUGCAAAAAUAACAGUAACUGAAAAAUAAUUUAGUCUUUAUGGUCCAUUCAGAGGAAAAAAAAAGUACAUUCUAAACAUUGUUGUCCAAAUAAGGGUAUAUCGUACGUGACAUAAAAUAAAAGUGAUUUAGAGGUACAUACAUGUAAAAAUAUGAGAUCUUCUUUUAAUUUCUUACUCUAAACUAAAUAUUUCUCAUUUACAAUCUGCCAUAUUUAAAUAAAAGCAAUCUUUGGAUGAUUUUAUAAUAAAUUUUAUUUAACAUCGUUCGUGACAUAGCGUACGUGACCGAUUUUUUUCUUAUAGUAAUAAAGUAUAUAUUCUAUAAAAAAAAAACAAAUAAAAAAUAUAUUUUCGGUUUCAGAAAACAAGGUGAUAAUAGCAAAAAACAAUCAGAGUAUAAAAUUCAUAUCUUAGUACAUACUAAAUAUUAAUUAAAUUAAAAAAUUAAAUAUAGACAGUUUAUUUUUACUUUAAAAAAUAUUAAUAAACACUAAAUACUCAUAGUCAAAUUUGAGAAUUGUUUUCCUAUUCAACUCAUCUUGAGUUUCAAGGGUUUUUAUUUUACCGGUCGUGGUUGACACAUUCAUGAAAUUGCCCAUUACAUACAUAUAUGCAUAAAGUGGUGAAAAUAUGCAUUAUUUUAGCUACCACUCAAAUAUGCAGUCUUCACUGACUUCUAAUUACAUACAUACAUAUUUAUAUUCAAAAGAAAUUUUCUUAAAAUCACUUUUCAAUUUAAUUUGCAAUUCUAUUAUACAUACAUACAUUGAAUAAUUGGCAAGACAUUUGUACAUGUCUUGGACUUUACGUCAUCCAGUUGAAGCUUUCUUUUAAAAACUUUUUUCAUGUCCUCUUUUCAUUGUUACAAAAAUCUUGAAUAAUUCCAGACAUUUUUCUAUAUAAAUCAGAGGUAAAUUUACAGAGAUUAAAAAUAUCUUGAAAUAAAUACUUUUCAAAACAAAAUGUGAAAUGUCGUUGAUGUUUCAAAAGAAAUAACUUAUUGGAAAACUUGAUUUUUAAAAUAUCCGUUUCAGCCAAUAGUUUUUCAUUCGAUGUUUUCAAUUUCAAUCCUCCUACUUCUUCUGUAAGUAGUGACAGGGGGGAAACAAAAAUGUUCGACAAGGCAUUGCUUCUUACCCUUGUUCAAAAUUUUAAAUUCGCCUUGUCUUUUAUCGACGUUGAAAUCUCAUUCCGCCGAGACAUUUGUUUGGAAACAAAAAGUAGUCACUCGGAGGUUAAUCUGGGGAAUAGGGCGGAAGAGGGCCAUGGAAACUGCACAUGUAUGUACCCCCUUUUGUGCACCCGAUUGUGAGCAAAAGCGGCAUACAUCUUGCGGAAAGCUUUCUCAUACCCAAGCGACCAUUUAAAAUAAGCAAACACAAACUAAAUGACGCAGCUUGUUCAAAUUUUGACAGGAGUCAACUGAGAGAUGCCUGUUGACAGGAGCAGUGUUGCCCUUUCAGUUAAGAGCCGAGAAAUUCAAAAAGUCGCGGACUCGUAUGUUUUUAAUCGAGCAUUAGCUCAUAUUUAAGGAAAAUCUUUGGAAAAUGUAAGAUAUCUAUUGUUCAAGGACAAUUUUCUAUAUCCUGUUUUAUGAGAAACAGAUUUCUGACAUGUAUACCAAAUAUUAUUGAAAUCAGAAGAAAUUGUUCGUUUCGUCCCAACAAUUAAAAGUGUAAAUAGUCUGAAUUAAAUGUGUUUUUAUUUGAAUACGUUUAUAAAACAAAAACAAAUGGUCAAUUACUUUUUUAUUAUAUUAUAAAAAUAGUUGAAUGCAUAGAUUCAAAUUGUUUAAAUAAUACAUUAAUUUUUAAUUUUAUAGCCUGAUAAAUAUACAUACAUAUGUAUAUUAAAAUAACAAAAUAAAUAAAUGUUCCUUCCAAUUUCUAUUAUCUACAAUUUUAAAUAAAUGUUUCGGUUUAUCUUGUCACAUAAAGGAGAUAUUCCUAAUAUGACUCUAACUUAAGAAAGAAUACAAGUUUCAAAUAUAAGAAAGAAAGCUUUAAUGAAAAAUAAAACUGAAAAUCGAUUUUAAUUAAAAAUUCAAAAAUUUAUAAAAAAAAAAAACAUAAAUUAGUUAUAAUAAAAUUUAUAAAAUAUACACACACCUUAUUACAUACACGAUUUAACAAUAAAUUAUUAAAAUAUGAACACAGGUACAUAUGUAGUAUGUAGUAUGUAUGUUAGUGUACGUACAUAUCGCCUAUUUGAGAUAAGACCGUCAUGACGCAAAAAUUACUAAAUUGCGGAAUCAAAAAUAAGAAUUCAAUAAUAGAGAUAUGUCUAUUCUAAAUAAGCUUCUAAAUUAUCGCUUACAUUUCUAAUUUAUUAUUUUGAAUUAUGGCGGUAUUGUCGUAAUUAAGAGAUACUAUCUACGUUUUUAUGGCCCAAAUGUUGUUGUUAAUGUUCCAACUGAAAUGAAAGUACAUAAUUAUUUUUUUGUUUAGUAAUUUAUUGCUCAAUUUUUUUCAGAAGCAUAUCUAUGUAUUAACAUAAAAAUCCCUAAGAGUAAGUUUUCGCCAAUGUUUAAUUAUUGAAAUUUUGUAUACAGAUUUAUUUGAAAUUAAAUUCACACAGUAUUGCUGAUACUACUCGAAAAUUAGUUUAGUUCAAAGUUUAACUGAAUUUUUCAAACUUUCAUUUUAGUUGAGAAUACUGAAUAAAUUGUUUGUCACCAUACAAACGGGCCAUCCUAAUGUACAUACAUACAUACAUACUUAGUGUUACAUACACAUAACAACAGUGUCAGUCAAAACAUUUUGAAUAAAAUUCAACAUUAUUCAUUGUUUUAAGUUACAAUCUCAACUCUUGCCAAUGAUGAAAGUUUUGAAUCCAAGAAUAUUCCAAUAGGAUGUUCAGUCAAAACAGUAAUAGAUUAAUGUCCUUCAACUACUACCUUAAAAUAACAAUCCCAGAUGAUAUGACUUGAAUAAAGUCAACAAUUUCAGUAUUUAGAACUUUCUAAUUUGUUCCUACUGACAGAUGAUGUAUGUCAUCAUGUAUUUCAUAUGGCAAUGGUUCAAAACUUAACAAUUUCUCUAACAGGAUUUAUUUAUCCUAGGUCUAUAUCUGAGCAAUUUUUGUCAUGAUAAAAAAUUAUCAGGUAUAGACAAAAUUGUUAGUGAUUUUGCUCACACUACUUUGUCUUGACAACAAACGUCAUAAAUUGAAAUGAUAAAUAUUUGUCAAGUAUAGACUGGGGGUUAUUUCAAUAUAUGAAAGUCAAAAAUUUAUAUACAUAUCUAUUGAAAACGGGAUUUUAGUUAUAAACGAGAUUAGAUAAUUAAUUUCAAAUAUGCCUAAAUUACUUGAGAUUUAAAAAAGAAUAAGAACUAUGGAAUUUGGUUUCUCAUCAAAAUGUUUUGACCCAAACUAUAUAUGUAGAUAAAUAAAAUUUAAUUAAACGAAUAGAAAUGGGCCAAAAUCUUAAAGUAAAAAGCAUAUCACACAGAGUUAUUAACGAAUAUGGCACAAAAGCAAAGUACACUCUAUUAAAAACCAAAAUACUAUAAGAAUUAUUAUAAAGCUGAUGGGAAUAAUUAUAUCAACUAUUUUAAUGUUAAAACUAAAGAAAGCAGAGACCAACCAAAACUUAUGUAAGUAGGAAUUAAAACAAAAUAUAUCUAUGUACUAUAUUAAUUUAUAAUAAGAAAAGUAAAUAAAUAAAUAUAAAAAAACACAUUAAAAA